GUAUGCCUUGCAUCCGGCUACAUUGUCACCAUCUAUGGACGACAUGAAGAGAAACGAAUAAAAGCAAUGGAAAAGAUUCGGCAAGGUCUUGUAAAAAAUGCAAGUAAAAAACGAGACGACACGAUUUCAGAAACGGCCACUGACAGCAUUACAACGACAGUUGAUGCCCAAAUAGCUAAUCUACGGCUCUGUUCCGAUAUCCGUAGCGCUGUCAUCAAUGCGGAUUAUAUAAUAGAAGCUGUUGUGGAGAAUAAGGAUGUGAAAGAAACGAUAUUCGCUGAAGUACAAAAUCAUUGUCGACCUGAUGCUCUGCUAAUUACCAACACCUCAUCAAUUCGUCUUGUCGAUCUCUUGCCGUCAAUACAUGAUCACAGCCGUUUUGCUGGUCUACAUUUCUUUAAUCCCGUGCCGGUUAUGAAACUCGUAGAAGUUGUCUCAACGCCUGAAAGUUCACCAGAAACACACUCAAGGCUACUAGAAUUUUGUAAAUCGCUCGGAAAACAACCAGUGUCUUGCAAGGAUACUCCAGGAUUUAUCGUUAACCGCUUACUGGUACCAUAUCUUCUUGAUAGUAUUCGAAUGCUUGAGAGAAAAGACGCUACUAAAGAAGAUAUCGACACAGCAUUAUGUUACGGUACAUCAUGUCCGAUGGGUCCAUUAGCACUUUGCGAUUAUGUGGGACUUGACACGAUUCACAACGUUAUGUCCGAUUUUCUUCACUAUACUAAUAAAGUUUCUGUAGUGUGGCGUGAAUCAAUGCCAAACGAUCCGCGUUUUUCGCGCAUUCCACUCCUGGAGCAACUCGUCUCUGAGGGAAAACUUGGACGAAAAACCAAGCAAGGUUUCUACACAUAUUGA